AUGCUAAGCAAAGCCAAGAAAGGUUCUCACAUUCGCACAAGAGAUAAUAAGGGGUUUGAAAUGAAAAGGCUUAGUGCCCCCCAAAGAACUGGGAGGCAAGGUCGUGGUCUGGAGAUGGUAGACGGCCAUCAGGACACUCCACUCGACUGGGUUCCUCGCUCGAUCGAGCUUGCUCUUGACUCGAUCGAGUUGUGCUCGAGUUAG